AUGGACCAGAUUGAAAAAGUGGAAGCAGACAGAUGGUUAUUUGUAAUCAUCAUCACCGUUGUGGGCUGCGUGUACGAUUUAGCUGUCCUUUCCAGCUCUCCGGUCCCCCAGUGCCUUUCCAGAGAGCAAGGUGUAGCUGUGUCAGAAGCUUUUGCCCUUCUGAGGCUUUGCUUCUCAAAAUGUGAGGGUGUUUGCACUGCUGUGGGGCUGGCAGAGGGGAGCGGCUCCCCCUGCAUUGCCGUUGCUGCUGGUGGGGCUGACCCCUCCGGGGUCCUGCUCUCCGAGGAGAUCAGCUGCACCGUGGUCUUAGCGUGGGCCGGUGAGUCCUUCUUUCCCUCAUUUAUUGCAUUAGUGCUACGGGAUGACUUCCGCCAAAACCCUACAGAUGUUGUGGUGGCAGCUGGAGAGCCUGCCAUCUUGGAGUGCCAGCCACCCCGCGGACACCCUGAGCCUACCAUCUACUGGAAGAAAGAUAAAGUCCGUAUUGAUGACAGGGAAGAGNNNNAACAGAUACGUGGUGGGAAGCUGAUGAUCUCCAAUACAAGAAAAAGUGAUGCCGGCAUGUACACGUGUGUUGGAACAAACAUGGUGGGAGAGCGAGACAGUGAUCCGGCAGAGCUGACUGUCUUUGAACGGCCCACGUUUCUCAGGCGACCGAUUAACCAAGUGGUGCUGGAGGAGGAGGCUGUGGAUUUCCGGUGCCAGGUGCAGGGGGAUCCCACGCCCACAGUCCGGUGGAAGAAAGAUGAUGCAGACUUACCGAGAGGAAGGUAUGACAUCAAGGAUGACUACACUUUGCGCAUUAAGAAGGCCAUGAGCACAGAUGAAGGAACCUACACGUGCAUUGCUGAGAAUCGAGUUGGAAAAGUGGAAGCCUCUGCUACCCUCACUGUGCGAGCUCGCCCCGUUGCUCCUCCACAGUUUGUGGUGAGACCACGAGACCAGAUUGUAGCCCAGGGUCGAACAGUGACUUUUCCUUGUGAAACUAAAGGAAAUCCCCAGCCAGCUGUUUUCUGGCAAAAAGAAGGAAGCCAGAAUCUACUCUUCCCAAACCAGCCUCUCCAACCCAACAGCAGGUAUUCAGUGUCGCCAACAGGAGACCUCACUAUUACCAACAUUCAGCGGUCUGAUGCAGGCUACUACAUUUGUCAAGCACUGACGGUUGCUGGAAGCAUUUUAGCAAAGGCUCAGCUGGAGGUUACUGAUGUCUUGACAGACAGGCCUCCACCCAUCAUCCUCCAGGGGCCGGUCAAUCAGACUCUGGCAGUGGAUGGGACAGCUUUGCUGAAGUGCAAGGCAACCGGUGACCCCCUUCCUGUCAUCAGCUGGUUAAAAGAAGGAUUCACCUUCCUGGGCAGAGACCCUCGAACAUCCAUACAGGAUCAGGGAACACUUCAGAUUAAAACUCUGCGGCUAUCAGAUACUGGGACUUACACUUGCGUUGCUACAAGUUCCAGUGGGGAGACAUCUUGGAGUGCUGUGCUGGAGGUGACAGAAUCUGGUGGAGCAACAGUCAGUAAAAAUUAUGAUAUAAAUGACCUCCCUGGACCACCAUCCAAACCUCAGGUCACUGAUGUUACUAAGAACAGUGUCACCCUGUCCUGGCAACCAGGGACCCCUGGCAGCCUACCAGCUAGUGCAUAUAUCAUUGAGGCUUUUAGUCAAUCUGUGAGCAAUAGUUGGCAAACGGUAGCUAACCACGUGAAGACCACUCUCUACACUGUGAGAGGACUGCGCCCCAAUACAAUCUACCUGUUUAUGGUGAGAGCUAUCAAUUCACAAGGUCUGAGUGAUCCCAGCCCUAUGUCAGAUCCUGUCCGAACACAAGAUAUCAGCCCACCAGCACAAGGUGUGGAUCACAGGCAAGUCCAGAAAGAACUGGGAGACGUCAUUGUACGGCUGCAUAAUCCUGUUGUGCUGACACCCACGACGGUUCAAGUCACCUGGACAGUUGACCGCCAAUCGCAGUUUAUUCAGGGCUACCGAGUAAUGUAUCGCCAAACAUCUGGCCUACCUUCUCCAGCUGUAUGGCAGAAUUUGGAGGUCAAAGUCCCAACUGAGCGCAGUGCUGUCCUCGUCAGCUUGAAAAAGGGGGUCACUUACGAAAUCAAAGUUCGCCCUUAUUUCAAUGAAUUCCAAGGAAUGGACAGUGAAUCAAAGUCUGCUCGUACCACAGAGGAAGCUCCAAGUGCCCCUCCUCAGUCUGUUACAGUCCUGACAGUCGGAAACCACAACAGCACAAGCAUCAGCAUCUCCUGGGAUCCUCCCCCUCCAGAUCACCAGAAUGGAGUCAUCCAGGAGUAUAAGAUCUGGUGCCUAGGUAAUGAGACUCGAUUUCAUAUCAACAAAACAGUAGAUGCAGCCAUUCGGGCUGUAGUAAUAGGUGGCCUAUAUCCAGGUAUUCAGUACCGCGUGGAAGUUGCUGCAAGCACCAGCGCAGGUGUGGGAGUAAAAAGUGAGCCACAACCCAUAAUAAUUGGAGGUCGUAACGAAGUUGUCAUCACUGAAAAUAACAACAGCAUAACUGAGCAAAUCACUGAUGUUGUCAAACAGCCUGCCUUUAUAGCUGGCAUCGGUGGUGCAUGUUGGGUAAUUCUGAUGGGUUUCAGCAUCUGGCUCUACUGGCGCAGAAAGAAGAGGAAGGGGCUCAGCAAUUAUGCUGUCACUUUCCAAAGAGGAGAUGGAGGACUAAUGAGCAAUGGAAGUCGACCAGGUCUAUUGAAUGCAAGUGACCCCAGUUAUCCGUGGCUUUCAGACUCUUGGCCUGCCACAAGUCUGCGGAGCACUAGUGGACCCAAUGAUCUUGGCAAUUUCGGUCGUGGAGAUGUGCUGCCACCAGUGCCAGGGCAAGGAGAUAAAACCGCUACUAUGCUUUCUGAUGGAGCCAUUUACAGCAGCAUUGACUUCACCACGAAAACUAGUUACAACAGUUCCAGCCAAAUAACACAAGCCACGCCAUAUGCCACCACCCAGAUACUGCAUUCCAACAGCAUCCAUGAGUUGGCUGUUGACUUACCUGAUCCUCAGUGGAAAAGCUCGAUUCAGCAGAAAAACGACCUGAUGGGAUUUGGUUACUCUCUCCCAGACCAAGGCAAAGGCAACAAUGGUGGAAAAGGAGGGAAAAAGAAGAAAACCAAAAAUACUGCCAAGCCCCAGAAAAAUAAUGGUUCAAACUGGGCCAGUGUUCCACUCCCACCACCUCCCGUGCAACCACUUCCAGGCACAGAGCUGGAACACUAUGGGGUGGAUCAGCAAGAAGCAGGAUAUGACAGUGAUGGUUGGUGUCCGCCUUUGCCAGUUCAGACCUACCUGCAUCAGGGCAUGGAGGAUGAGCUUGAAGAAGACGAUGAUCGUGUUCCCACACCUCCUGUCCGAGGAGUAGCUUCAUCUCCUGCAAUCUCCUUUGGGCAACAGUCAACUGCAACCCUCACGCCUUCUCCACGAGAGGAGAUGCAGCCAAUGCUUCAAGCCCACCUUGAUGAAUUAACAAGGGCUUACCAGUUUGAUAUAGCAAAGCAGACAUGGCACAUCCAAAGCAAUACACAACCUCCUCAGGCUCCAGUUCCGCCCCUAGGAUAUGUAUCUGGAAACCUUAUUUCAGAUUUGGAAACAGAUGUUCCAGAUGAUGAUGAUGAUGAGGAUGAUAUUGAAGAAGAAACUGUAGAAAUCAGUAGGCCGCUAAGAGGUCUAGAGCAUACUCCAGGAUCCAGUAUGGAUAAUCUAGACAGCUCUGUGACAGGUUCAAUGGUAAAUGGAUGGGGUUCUGCGUCUGAUGAGGACCGUAACUUUUCUAGUCAUAGAUCUAGUGUAGGUAGCUCCUCAGAUGACUCGAUCUUUACCAGCGGCAGUUUUGCACAAGCACUGGUUGCAGCAGCAGAUAAAGCUGGUUUUAGGCUGGAUGGAACCAGCCUGACAAGAACAGGCAAAGCAUAUCCUUCCUCUCAGAGACCUCGGCCGAGCAGUCCUUUUUCCACUGACAGCAACGCCAGUGCAGCUGUCAAUCAGAGUCAGAGGCCAAGGCCCACUAAAAAACACAAGGGAGGACGGUUGGACCAACCCCCCUUGUCUCAUCGUAGGGAGGGACUAACAGAUGAUCUUCCACCACCACCCGACCCGCCCCCUGGUCAGGGUUUAAGGCAGCAGAUAGUCCCCGGCCAGCGUGGAGGCUCGGCAGAGAGGAAAGGAAGCUCUCUUGAGAGGCAGCAUGCACCGAACGUAGAUGAAACAAAGAGCUCCCUGGACCGGCAAGCUAGGACAUCACUAGAGUGGCAGCGGCAGACCCAGGAGUGGAUAAGCUCUACAGAUCGCCAAGAAGAUUUCAGGAAAGCCCAACACAAACAAGCCUUCGGAUCAGAAGAGGCACUCGUACCGUAUAGUAAACCCAACUUCCCAUCCCCUGGCGGCCACAGCUCUUCAGGAACAGCUUCUUCUAAAGGAUCAACCGGACCUAGAAAAGGUGAAGUCUUGCGAGGAGGUCACCAACGCAAUGCCAGUGACCUUCUCGAUGUAGGCUAUGUGGGAUCAAACAGUCAAGGACAGUUUACUGGUGAAUUAUAGUAGUUGAGAAGACACAUUGCAAGCUGCUCUGAUGGACCAUCAGGUCUGAACUCAUGGAAGUGAUGACACUAAACAGUGCAAUGAACAUUUUCUUUAUUUAUGUACUAUUAAAAGAACUGUAAAUGCAAUGUAAAGACACACAGCCACACAUAUCCCACAGAUACUUUACUUGUGUUCUUCUCUUUAAUACACCAUCCACCUUAAACUAUUCCUUGUCAGGAGUAUAUAA